GGCUUGGCCUACAUGCCUCCAUAAUGCUAUAGCAAAAAACUAGCGCAGCUAUACAAUGCAAGCGCUGGAAACAUCCAGUAGGUCAGAUUCAUUGUUAAAGCAAAUUGUUUUUCCAAGGAUUUGGUUACAAUAUAAGAGGCAGCCUUAUUUGUUGGGACUGUGUUGGAGGCACAGGUGAGUAACAUUUCUCAUUACACUGUCAAGACGUGAUGUGACUUUUAUGCUGUGACGGCGUUUUAGUAACUAAUAUUCGAUGUAACAAACGGACUGCAUGCCUCACAGUGUUUAAUUAAAACUUGUACGUUGUAAGUCAUGAGCAUAAAACAAGGUCCUCUGAGUCUUAAUGAAAAAUCUUUUAUCUUCACAUAGCUGAGCAGUGCUGAGCUGAAUGAUGAAUGAACUGCUUAAUGAAGAUGUUGAUUUCUGUUUUCACAGGUGAAAAGUAAAACUAUGUUUCUGCUGGGAAAAUCUGUGCUAAUACUUUUGGCUUUUUGGGGAACAGAAACAUUCACAGAAAGGAUUAUUGGUGGCUAUGCGGUCCUGCCGUACUCCAUCACGUUUCAAGCAUCUCUUCAGUAUCUAAGUUGGCUGAAGAAAUGGAAACACUACUGUGGAGGAACGCUUGUCCAUCCCCAAUGGGUGGUGUCUGCUGCCCACUGCUGGAAGCCGAGCAACUUAAUGAGGGUGGUAUUGAGUGAAGACAGUCUGUCCAAAACAGAAGGAUUUGAACAGAUCUUCAAUGUCUCCAAGCUGUAUGUCCAAAGCUACAGAACAUUCGACAAUGACAUCAUGCUAAUUAAGCUAAGCAAAGCUGCAAUGCUGAGUGCCAAUGUUCAACCGGCCAAGCUGCCUGACCCCGACACCCCUGAAGCCUCCCGGGGUGACGUAUGCACGGUGAGCGGCUGGGGUGUGACGUCACCAUACAGCUUCGUCCUCUCCCCCGGGCUGCGGGCUGUGGAUGUGAACGUCAUGGCUUCCUGCACCCAUUACUACUACUGGGUCUCGACGAUCACGUCAAACAUGCUGUGCGCUGCAACUCAGACGGGGGGCAAAGAUUCUUGCCAGGGGGACUCGGGUGGUCCCCUCAUCUGCAAUGGGGUCCUGGAGGGAAUCGUGUCCUGGGGUAUCAGCUGUGCCAACCCCUAUUUCCCUGGAGUCUACACUACAGUGAGGAACUACGUGCCUUGGAUUAACUGGAUAAUAUCAAAUGAAAAGUAAAGAAGUAAGACAGGCUGCAUCAUUC